AAAUAAAGAGACAACUGAAAGCCAUCCAGCAUGGCGGAUUUAUUUUUAACAAGCACAGCUUACUGCAAGAUUUUACUUCAUGCAGCUAAAUAUCCACAUUGUGCUGUCAAUGGUGUACUUCUAGCUGAAGAACCAAAACACAAAGAUCACAAAAACAUACGAUUUGUUGACUGUAUUCCACUGUUUCAUUUGUCUUUGAGUAUAGCACCGAUGCUGGAGGCUGCUUUGUUGCAGAUUGAAGCCUACAGUAAGAGUAUAGGAUGUGUGAUAGCAGGAUAUUAUCAAGCCAAUGAAAACCUUGAUGAUAAUGUAUUAAAUAAUGCAGCAAAAAUAAUAGGAAAAAGAAUCUACGACAAUAACCCUGAUACUUGUAUUUUUAUAGUUGAUAAUAAUAAAGUAUCUCCGCUAGCAGUGUCAGAGGCUUACAAUAUAUACACGUUUAAAGAAACAAAUUGGUGCAAAACUGAUAAAAGACCGACAACAGAUGAAGAAACACUAGAGUUAAGCAGAAUGUUAUUAUCUACACCGGAUUCCUACAGACAGUUAGUUGACUUUGAUAACCAUUUUGAUGAUCUAUCUAAAGACUGGAGAAAUUUACAAAUAGCAGAAUAUCUGGACCGAUCGACAUGAUACUUAUAGAUUAGAUAGUCUAUGUUGUAAUUUCAUUUGUGAAACGGACAUGUUUGUUAUUUGUGCCUCAUCACUAAUUAUUCUGUGUUUGUUUUGAAAGUCUUCAUACAUUUACUUAAGAUAAGACAUCUAAGAUGAAAUUACUCAUUUAUAUAAGAUUCUGAUUAUCCAAAUUUUUUUUGCAUAGUAGUAUUUAUAGAUUCAAUUAGGAAUAUUAUAAUGCACAAAACUACCUUAUAAACCAUGCAAUUUUUUCAGCUUGUACUACUUUAAAAACAAGAAGAAUAAAUAUUGUUCAGGAAGAUUUUCACAUUUUAUCGUGAUAGGUAAAAAAGAAUCGUAGAUUGUUAAAAGUUCAUUGAAAACGAAUUAAUUAGCAGGUCUAUUUACAUUGUUUUAAUGUUCAAAUAAAUGAAAGAAAUGUACAGGUAUAUUGAUAU